AAGGGCAACACCUCAGAUGGGUGCAGCUAUGGAGGACAGAGAGAGAGAGAGGCAGAGAGGAAAAAAAGGACAAAAAUAUCCAUAAAGUUGGCUCUAUAAUUGGCUGUGCCUCUUUGCCUUUUUUAUGUGAGAGCACAGCCCAGUCAAGAACAGUAGAAGCUGCUUCGUCCCCAAGUGAAACCCUACACUUUCCCCCUUUGCAGUUCCCUCCCACCUUGUCCACUCAUCCACAAGGUUGCUGAAGCUCACCUCACCUCACUUUUUAACAACACUCUGCACUGGAUUGUCUCCCUGGAUUAUAUUAUAAUCCCUUCGUGAGUUCUGAUGCCUGCAGGGGUGACAGUUUGGAUUAUUAUCAAGUGAUAAUGAUGCUUUCCCAGUGCUGAUUCAGGGUGUGAGCGCUGGAGGCAAAGACAGAAAGAGAGACACCUCCAGCGACACUGACUGAGUGACAGGCCAGACAUCUACACUGCAGUCCCAGGUCAACCAUCAAGAGACGAAGUGGAAACAGGCCUGGUGAUACAGACCUGCUGUUUGUAAGGAAUCCGGUCCCAGACUGAACAACUUGAUGGUUAUAAUAAGCUAAACAAAACAGACUGAAGCCAAGGCUGAGAUGGAAUUAAGACUGGGAUUUAGGAUCACCCUGGUCUUGGUCAUCCUGGCCUUGACUCUUUCCAGUGAGAAGGUGGAAGCACAAAGGGCAGGGUGUAAAAACGUCCACUAUGACUUGGCUUUUAUCCUGGAUACCUCAUCCAGUGUUGGAAAGGAGAACUUUGAGAAGAUUAGGCAAUGGGUUUCUAACCUGGUGGAGUCUUUUGAUGUAGCACCUGACAAGACAAGAGUAGCCGUGGUUCGCUACAGUGACAGACCAACCACUGAGUUCAACCUAGGGCGACACAAGACCCUGGAAGAUGUGAAGCGAGCUGCAAGCAACAUACGCUACCUGGGGGGAAAUACAAUGACUGGGGAUGCUAUCAACUACACAACCAGCAACAUCUUCACAGUGCAGAAUGGAGCGAGGCCGGCCGCCAGAGGCAUUCAGAAGGUGGCCAUUCUUCUCACAGAUGGCCGAAGCCAGGAUUAUGUUUUGGAGCCGUCCAAGAAAGCUGCCAAAGCGGACAUCAGGAUGUUUGCUGUGGGCAUAGGGGAGGCUCUGAAGGAGGAGCUGGAAGAGAUCGCAGCGGAGCCAAAGAAUGCCCAUGUCUUCCAUGUAACAGACUUCAAUGCCAUUGACAAGAUCAGGGACAGGCUGAGGAGGAGGCUGUGUGAGAAUGUCCUGUGUCCAAAUAUGAAGGUUCAACCUGAUCGGUUUAAGCCCGGCAGCACCAGUUAUGGUCUUGAAGAGGUUCCAGGAUUUGACCUGAUGGAGUAUUUCAACGUGAGAGAUAUUCUGGCAACCAGAGCUGAAGAUGGCCAAAGUUCAUAUGUUCGCCUUGGCACCAUGCCUAUAGUACAACAGACAGAAGAUGUGUUUCGUCAAGGGCUGCCAGACGAAUAUGCCUUUGUGACCACAUUUAAAUUCAGGAAAACCUCGAGGCGUGAAGACUGGUACCUCUGGCAGGUUUUUGACAAAUAUGGAAUUCCACAGGUGUCCAUCCGUCUGGACGGUGAGAACAAGGCAGUGGAGUACAAUGCUGUGGGCCUUACAAAAGAUGCUGUGAGGGCUGUGUUCAAAAACCCUGAGGUCGACAACCUGUUUGACCGCAACUGGCACAAGAUUGCUCUCAGUGUGGAGUCCAAGUCUGUGUCUCUGUACUUGGAUUGCAAGCACAUCCAGACGCUGCCGAUAGAAGACAGAGAGGACAUUGAUAUCCAGGGGAAGACAGUGAUUGGGAAAAGGCUGUAUGACAGUGUGCCAAUUGAUUUUGACCUCCAGCGAAUGAUGAUUUACUGCGAUUCCAAGCAUGCCGAGCUGGAAACCUGCUGUGAUCUACCCAAUGGGCCUUGCCCUAAGACGGUUGUGACAGAGGCUCCCCCUUACAAGAUCCCCACGCCAACACCUACCAGUGCUGAGCAACAACGAGGCCCUCAAGUGAACUGCUCCUGCCCUGCUGGAGAAAAGGGUCGCAUGGGUGCACCCGGUGUUGCAGGUCCUAAGGGUGACAAGGGUGACACUGGCCCUAAGGGUGCUAUCGGACCACCUGGACUCAAAGGAGAAAAAGGAGAAAGUGGCAGUAUAAACUCUGUCAAAGGUGACAGAGGUGAGAAGGGUGAUAGAGGCAGCAUAGGGUUGACAGGUCCUCCUGGACAAAAAGGAGAGAAGGGAAUUGGUGGAAUCCCAGGCAUUGAUGGUUUAACUGGAGACAAAGGCGACAAAGGUCAAGCAGGACUGGCUGGUGAUCCAGGGCUACCAGGUCCAGCUGGACCGAGGGGACUUCAAGGGGAUGCUGGGAUUCCUGGUGCACCAGGGCCAAAAGGUGUCACUGGUGACUCAGGUAUAAAAGGUGAAACGGGAACACCGGGAGUCAGGGGUGAGCCAGGUCUUGAUGGAUUACCUGGAAAACCUGGCUUAACUGGGAAGGAUGGUUUGAGAGGUCUGACUGGAGUACCUGGGCCCAACGGGGUUAAAGGUGACAAGGGGGAGAGAGGUCUUCCCGGAUUACCUGGGGAUGCGGUACAAACAGAAGGCUUACGGGGUGAGAAGGGUGAGCCUGGACCACAAGGGCCUCCAGGUGCUGAAGGACCCCCAGGGCCUCCUGGUCCUCCUGGUGAACAAGGUUUACCCGGUAACCCUGGAGAAUUUGGCCAGAGGGGAAGGAAAGGUGACAGUGGACUCCCAGGCGUGGAUGGCCUUCCUGGACCUGCUGGUCCUCAGGGUCCACCUGGACCACCAGGAAACCAAGGAAACACUGGACCUCCCGGUCUGCCAGGUGAAAUUGGAUUUCCAGGCAAACAGGGAGAGGCUGGAAAACCUGGUAUUCCUGGUAAAGAUGGACUGGAUGGUCUUCCUGGAAAUGACGGUGCCAUGGGGCCCAGGGGCGAGCGUGGAACAGAUGGUUUUCCUGGCAAGCCUGGACCCAAGGGCGACGAAGGGCCUCCUGGACCAAGAGGACCUCCAGGGGAGAGAGGGGAAGCUGGUGCCCCUGGACAGGCAGGUACUGCUGGAGCACGAGGUGACCGAGGCGUGCCGGGAGAGAGAGGACAGACAGGACCAGUUGGGCCAAAAGGUGAAAAAGGCGACAAGGGUGAAGUGGGAGCUAUGGGACCGCCGGGCAUUCCGGGAAAUGUUGCAAACGUCAUUCCUGAGCCCGGAGAACCUGGGAGACCUGGAGAGAAAGGAGAGAAAGGGGAUCAAGGGAAACCAGGAGAGAUGGGUCCAAGAGGACUACCUGGUGAACAAGGUUUUAAGGGACCACCUGGGAUACCGGGGCCAAAGGGUGAGACUGGACUCACUGGAGAGACCGGGCGUGUUGGAGACCCUGGUCCACCUGGCAUAGCUGGCCCUCAGGGUGCCCGUGGACUACCGGGAAGUGUGGGCAUACCGGGAAUUAUUGGGCCUCCAGGUCCAGCUGGACAAAGAGGAGACAAGGGGGAACCUGGAAAACCAGGACAACAAGGUCCCGCAGGACCACCUGGAGAGCCUGGUUUGACUGGACCUCCUGGACUACCAGGGAAGGGGAAAGAUGGGCAAAAUGGAGACCCGGGGCCACAGGGAAUCCAAGGACCCCCAGGGCUGAAGGGUCAACCAGGGUCAAGAGGAGAACCUGGGUUACCAGGCGACAGGGGUCCUGCAGGAGAAGGCAAAGUGGGACAACCGGGACCUCCAGGACAAACUGGACCACCUGGACUUGUGGGUUUGAGGGGUCCACCAGGUGUCGCUGGUCCUCAAGGCCCAGCAGGUCACAAUGGUCUGCCAGGAAGGCCAGGAGAAAAGGGCUCACCAGGAGAGCCUGGAAAAGCCCCAGACUUUGACCCAAAGGAGUUUUGCUCAGACUGCCCUGCAGGACCACCGGGACCACCUGGACUCCCAGGAAUCCCAGGAGAUAAAGGACAACAGGGACCUCCUGGGAAAAAUGGGGAAGAUGGAUACCAAGGCCCGCCAGGACUAGCCGGACCUCCAGGGGCCCCCGGAGCUGAUGGAGGAAAGGGUGUGAAAGGUGAUCGAGGACCUGCUGGAAACCCCGGAGACAAAGGGGACAAGGGUCACCCAGGGCCUCCUGGUCACCCAGGUCCUCCUGGAUUAAUGGGUACACCUGGUAACGAUGGGCUGCCUGGGCUUGCGGGCCCCCCAGGACCCCCUGGAGAAAAGGGCAAAGAGGGUCUCAAAGGAAUCCAGGGACCACCAGGGCUUCCUGGCUUGAUAGGACAACCUGGCAAAAUGGGAAAAGAUGGCAGACCAGGUGAACCAGGAGAACCUGGCAAACAAGGUGAAACUGGACCCCCAGGAAACCCAGGGCUCAGGGGACUCCCUGGCUUUAAAGGCCACAGAGGAGAACCUGGAGCUCCAGGUUCUAAGGGAGAAGAUGGAAAGUCUGGAUCACCUGGACGUGACGGUAAAGCUGGGAAAGAGGGUCCUCGGGGACCUCCAGGGCCAGAAGGACUUUUAGGCCCAAGAGGAGAGCCGGGCAAGCCGGGUGAACCAGGACCGUCAGGAAAAUCAGGUCUCCCUGGAACACCGGGUCUUAGGGGAGACAAGGGCGAGCCGGGCAAUCCAGGAUUACCAGGCUUCAGUGGACCUAAAGGCCCCGCGGGUCCACCAGGUCCAAUUGGCCCAGAAGGAAAACAGGGUGUGCCGGGCAGAGCUGGUGAUCGUGGUAUCAGAGGAGAGAAGGGAGAUCCAGGUACAAAGGGAGAUAAAGGGCAGUCAGGAGAGCCAGGUAUGCCGGGAAACCCUGGUCCCCCUGGCAGGAAGGGCCACACAGGGAUGAUGGGCAUGUCAGGACCACCAGGAGAAAUCGGAGCCCCGGGGCCACAGGGACCUUCAGGAAACCCUGGCCUUCCAGGGCCCAGGGGAGAGUCAGUGUCACUGGAACAGAUGAGGCGGCUCAUCCAGGAGGAGCUGGCAAAACAGCUGGAUGCCAAAUUAGCUUAUCUCAUGGCUCAGAUGCAGCCAGCACAUGUGAAAAGCACAGCGGGCCGCCCCGGACCUCCUGGCCUUCCGGGUAAAGAUGGCAGCCCUGGACGCCCUGGGCCCCCUGGAGAACCUGGGAUGCCCGGACAGAAUGGAGGAGAAGGACCCCGGGGACCCAUGGGCCCUAAGGGUGAGAAAGGAGCAACGGGAGAGAAGGGAGACCCUGGGAUUGGUGAAAGAGGAGAGCCAGGUCCUGCUGGACCCAUAGGCCCAGCAGGCAUGCCUGGUUACGGCAAAGACGGAAGCCCGGGACAAGCCGGAGCCCAAGGAGAGCCAGGAAACCCCGGCCCCCAUGGUCAGCCUGGACCUCCGGGCCCUACUGGCCAGUGCGACCCAACCCAGUGUGCCUACUAUGCCAGCCUGGCACAACGGCCCCACACCAAAAAUGUGAAGGGGACUUAAAGAAGAAGAGCCAAGCAGAGUUGGGAGACCAGCUGUAUUUAUGAACUUAAUCAAGAAUCAAGAACUUUUUUUUGUUUUUUUGUUAAAGUCACCUCAGUACAGAGGGCUGAAGCCACAGGUGCUGCCGGUCAGAUUCUAUGUUUUGAUUUUGGUACGACGCUCGGGAUGGAUGGGGAUUAAGCAACGUGGGAGUUUCUUUCUGAUCUAUUAUGGGAUAAAGAGGGCAGCUACAGUUUUUUUCCCCUCACUUGCAUGCUUCCUGUAAAUAUAUAGGGAGAUAACAUGGAUGGCACGGCCCCGAACAUCAGGAGUAAAGAUCCUGCUAUUCGAUUUUAUAUUGUUUCAUCAGUAAUCAUCUCAGUCAGGCGCUUCGCUGCUUGCCUCACACCGUUCUGCAUCAGCCGCCCUUCACAAGUUAGCAUCAGGCAGCACGUGUCAUUCACUGCUCACUAAGUCAGUGACUGACACAGUCGCAGUAAUUACUCAGUAUCACUUUUCCGGUCAUUGAUUGGGAGAAAGCGGUGGCAGACGGUGAGAGGCAAACAGCAGCAGUGGUUUUUGUGUUGGAGGAGCUUUAAUCGGUUCGAGUGAUGAAACAUUUGCAUUUCAUCCACAGCAGCAUGUAUGUUGUUAUAUCACAUUUGUUUGUCGUGACACAGGGAUGCAAAAACAACACAGAAAAAUAAAAUGCCUUUUAGAGAAAUGCGCCCUUAAAGUAGUGCAGUUUGCUUGGUUUAUUUAGACAGGUAGGAAACAAGAUUUUAUUCUGGGAAUAAACUGAAGGCGGCAGAAAUGACCUCUCUGUCACAGCCCACAAAUUAGCAUCUCUGCAAUGUCAUUUCAAGCUUUGGUGAGAUUUGAAGGAUUUCAUUCCAGAAGUCUUGUUUGUAUUUGUGCAUGUGACAUUUAAGGGUGGAUAUCUGUUUUAUUUUUUUUUGUGUUUUUUUAAGGACUUCAUUUAAGUUUGCUCUUUUGACCAUGAAUAUAUGCCAUGUAAUGAUUUGUUCCAGAAGAUGAGACAGCAAGCAGUGUCGCUGUUAGAUUUGUGCUUUCAUGUUUCACUCUCUCUCUGAGCUACACAUAGACCUGAGCAGCAAACAGCUUUGAGGAGGUGGUAUAAUUGCAGCCUUU